AUGACAGUCACUUCUAGAACCAAUGCCGGACCGUUGACCGUCCUCGUAUCAACGAGGGCGGUGAUCACGUUGCCAGACGACAGUCUCCUACUCACCCCGGCUACUAUAUCCAUCUCGCCGGCCACCGGAAAGAUCGUGGCUAUUGUACCUACUAUCCUGCCCAAGACGUCGUUUGCUCCGUCGACGACAUACAUCAACUACGGCGCCAAAUUCUUGAUUCCUGGACUUGUAGAUGCCCAUGUGCACCUUAACGAGCCAGGCCGAACGGAAUGGGAAGGGUUCAACACCGGUACCAGAGCGGCUGCUUCUGGCGGCGUGACUACCGUUAUCGACAUGCCGCUCAAUGCUAUCCCACCGACCACGACUUUGGCGGGUUUCAAGGAGAAGCUCGCUGCUAGUCAGGGCCAAUGUUGGGUAGACGUGGGGUUCUACGGGGGCGUUAUCCCCGGAAAUGCGGACGAGCUUCUUCCCCUAGUAGAGGCCGGCGUUCGCGGGUUUAAAGGCUUCCUAAUCGAGUCGGGUGUUGAAGAGUUCCCUGCCAUCUCGUCCAAUGACAUUGCUCUUGCAAUGAAAACACUAAAUGGCACACCGACGACGCUCAUGUUCCAUGCCGAGAUGAUCCCUCCGAUUGCCGACUCGGUUGGUGAUGCAGUACAAGCCUCCGAACCUCCCUUAGCACCACACGGUAACUUACAAUCAUACAAUACGUUUCUCGAGUCGCGGCCUCCAUCUUUUGAAACCUACGCCAUCGAUGAGAUCCUCUCCUUAGCGCACCUGGCUCCAGGUCUUCACUUACAUAUCGUACAUCUAUCUGCGACGCAAGCGAUCCCGAUCCUGAAGGCUGCCCGAAAGUCUGGAAUCGACAUUACGGCUGAGACUUGCUUCCAUUAUCUAGGGCUAGCAGCUGAGGGCGUCGAGGAUGGUGAUUGCAGAUACAAAUGUUGCCCACCAAUUCGUGAACAGCUAAACCAGGACGGGCUUUGGGAAGAGCUCGCAGCACCUGACUCGUGCAUCAAGACUAUCGUCUCUGACCAUUCACCCUGCACUCCCGAGCUCAAGCUCCUCCCGCCUUACCUCCAGACCAUCGAAGCCCCCCAUAUGCACCAUUCCGAUUCGGGUAUUGAUAUGUCGGCUGAUCUGGCUCAUACGAAUGGGAAGCAAACAAAGAUCGAGAAAAAAGACGUUGGUGACUUCUUUGCCGCAUGGGGUGGUAUCUCGUCGGUCGGACUCGGUUUGCCCAUCCUUUACACAUCGGCCAAGGAGCGAGCGGCAGCUGGGAGCAAGUCAGCUCCGAGUAUCACCGAUAUCGUGCGCCUAUGCUGCGCCGCGACGGCUAAGCAGGUUGGACUAUCGCAUCGCAAGGGAGCGCUCAAGGUCGGUAUGGACGCUGAUAUUUGCGUGUUCGAUGAUACCGAGGAGUGGACACUGCACUCGGCCGGUAUGCAUUGGAAGAACCGCUGCUCGCCAUGGGAGGGGCGCCGGUUCGCGGGUCGUGUCAAGGAGACAUGGCUAAGAGGCAAGAAAGUAUUCGAAUACGGAGGUAUCAAUGGCGGGUUCGUAACCGGGAAGCCGGUUGGUGAAGCUAUCGUUGAGAAGAGAUUUGCUUAA